UCGAGUACCUCGCGAGGAGCUCGCGGGGAGUAGGUGGCGCAGCGGGCGCUACGGGAGAAAAUUUGCCACUGCGCCGACCAUUAUUCGUGCGCACGGUGUUUGUGAAUUGUUUUGUGUUGUCCGCGUUUUUUUUCUUCCCCCCGAUAAUGCCUUGCUUAGCGUGAAAAGCUGCUUUAAUUUUCCGCCCCAGUGCCGAACCUCUCCCUAGCAGCCCUCUGGCAUGAGCCGCUGUGAUCCUUAGCAGUUACGCCAUCGUGCUCGCUUGCAAAUCUCCCACCAACACCCCCUUUUUCCGUUCGACGACCCUUCAUCGGCGAAGUCCCCCCGACAACAUCACAUCAAAUCAUGUCCGGCAGUGGAAUCGUGAGUGCGCAGGGCACGGUGGUUUUCGGCGUGCCUCCUGCGGCAGCUGCGGCGGACCCGUGCGUGCCGUUGCAACCCUCUGUUCCCGUUGCCCAGAGAUCUACGCUGUCUCCCAACGCAUCACCCUUCGUGCCCAAGAACUUCUCUGUGCCCGUCGUGGCGGCGGCCACUCCACAAACUCCCUUCGCUGCUGCCGCGACGGCCCCAGCCGCAGCGACGGUGGCCGACAGCGACAUGUCAUACGCACCGCCACUGCCUCCCAAUGUUCAAACCAUCUACGUCACGGGCCUGCCUGGAUACUAUGCCUCGUACGUGCCAACACCAGCGAUGCCCUUCUACACCAUGCAGUACCAAUGUCUGUACCAGCCCACACCACCCAUGGGUGUCUGCUGCCCUAUGGAGGAGAGCAUGCCGUCAGUGGCUGACGAACCACCUGUUACUGCCAUAGUGGCUCCUGCCACUGCAGCUACUUCUGGGGCACAGCAGCAGCCCUUGCAGCAGCAGCUACAGCAGCCCAUGGUUCAAAAUGCCAGAAGAAAUAAAAAAAAAAGUAGAAGUGGACGCAGGAGAGAGAGUGCUCCACAUAGGGAUGCUAUGACAGCAGUCGAUGCAAACACAAACGUCCUGCCCGAGUUUGGGCAGGCUUCAGGGAGGAGCGGUGCAGGUGCAGCGAGGGUCACUACUGUCGACCGUGAAGAGUGGCAGGGAGGGCUGGCCAGCCCCGACUUCUCCAGCAGCUCCGAGUUCCCGUCGCUGUCUGUGCAGGAUUUUCCACAACGGCAGUCACCUUCGGGCAUCAGCUACUCUACGGCACUACAGCAGCAGAAAGCACCCCGGCCACCUGCAGUUCCCUCUGGGGCCACGACAAACAGGGACACAGAAGAGCUGGGGUCAUCUACAGCGGGGGUGAACACGCGAAGCAUACAACAAGGACGUCGUGGUGGUGGAAACAGUAGCAGCAACAGCCCCAACGAUGCAAAUAACAAGCAUCACAAAAGAGGCAGUGGGUCGCGCAAACAUCGGCGUGGUGGUGGUGGUGGGGGCGCUGGUGUUGGUGGCGGGAUUGAAGGGGUCAGGCGUGUGGAAGACACAGAACCAUCAACAAGGAUGCAGCAUCACCAGCAGGAGAGGAGGGGCCCAAAGAGAAGUGGUGGAGGAGCGAAGGCAGCUGUGCCAGCCAUCGACGGAGGUGCUGAGAAGCAUCAGUUCGAGGCCCCCGAAAAGGACAAAUCGGAGCUGAGGCAUGAAACAGAAGCUGUUGUACAAAAUGUACCUAGGAUUGGCAGUGGUCGUAUGCCUCACCAAAACAGUGUGAGAGUGAAUGCUGCACGGGGACGGCGGGACACACGCCACUCAUCACUGCUUCGUGGUGUCCUGAAGGGAGAUGGGACCAGGCAGUACCAGCAGCAAGGGGGACGCGGGGGGGGAAACCGCAAAGGAUCAGAUGCAGAUCGCCAUGUUCCAGCGGUGGAGGUUGGCCUGCAUGAAGAUGAGAAGCCAGCCCUGAGGAGGAGCUGGAACUCUGGAAGUCCUGCCAGGCAGAAGGACUCUGUGGAUGAGUAUCCGCCACUGGGGAGCAGAGGCACCGAAGACUCAUUGGAGCGCUCACCGGAAGGACAAACGACAAAAGCGGACACCAAGGAUGCCAUGGUUAAACACGGAGACAAUAUUCCAAAGCAGCAUCCACAGCCACCUCUCAGAGAAAAAGGGAGCAAGCACGGGCCUAUGAAGCCCCUUGCUUCGACCAAUGGGGGCAGCAGUGGGCCCAAGCACAAGACAGCCAUAAGCAUGGCCAUUGCAGAUAUCAUGGUGCCCAAGCAGAGGCAGCCCAAGAAGCUUAAAGAGAAGGAGAACCUGCUCGAACGCAGCAGCAAGAAGCCUGAGGUGGCCAGGAGUUGCCUGGUGGCGAACCGCCUGGACUCUUCGGCACCCAGCAAGAAGCGGGGCAAAGAGCGCGAAACUCCGGCUCGCAGAAAGCUGUCGGUCAUGAAAAAAAUUAUCCUGAAGGAGCGCGAAGAGCGUCGUCAGCGUCACGAGAAGCUUCGGCUUGUCACGGCGGCCAGGCAGAGCCUCCUGGCAAACUCAGCAGCCGAAGUGGUGGUCGAGCUGGCGCGGGACCCAGCACCAACGGAAGGCCACGAAGACAGCGACCCGGGGACGCUGCCUCCGCGGACUUUGCCGGAUGUGGCAGCCGCGCCGCAGGAGAAGCGCUUGCACUCCACCAGGUUUAGGGACUACUGCGACCACGUUCAGACCCCAGAGAUCAACCUGACCACCAAGACAUUGCUCACCGAUCUAGUGUUCUUCCAGGAGCGACUGUACCAAAAGGACCCCAUCAAGGCCCGAUCUAAGCGGCGCUUAGUGUAUGGACUGAAAGAAGUGCGCAAGUACCUGCUGCUCAACAAACUCAAGUGCAUCAUCUUUGCCCCGGACAUUGAAGAAGUAAAAGCUGAAGGGGGCCUGGACCACUCGCUGGGCGCCAUGAUCGAGUAUGCGCGUGCGCACUUUGUACCCACGGUGUUCGCGCUGAGGCGCCGCCUUCUGGGAACGCUGGCCAAAAAGAACGUGGCCGUCAGUUGCAUCGGCAUCUUCGACUACAGUGCGCGGGAGACACAGUUCAAGCAGCUUCUCGAGCUGGUCAGCGCGGCUAAGAAGACUUACGCGGAACUCAAAGAAAGGUUGGCCCACGGUGAUUCUCCAUCGGACGCUAGUCAAGGAGAGGACAACGGCGACCCAGAGUCGCGCUCCCUCGCGACCUCUUCCGGGAACGCGCUCUGCGUUGGCGCCAUCCCUUCAGCAGGCGUCAUCGAUGACGGCUGGGUGACCACGAACGAGGAGUCCGACACCGAGGACCCCGAUGAUUCGCUGACGGUGGCCAAGGUGGAGACGUCAACGAAUGUUGACUCGGUCGCCCGGCUCCUCGCUCUGACGCUAAGGUCAGCUGGCCGCGAAUCGUAGCCGAUGGUGUGCGCUUCUCUUGCUGUAUAUGCUGUGCGUGUGUGUGAUGGAAAACAAGUGUUCUACGUGCUCGUAACAUUGUGAACUUUGGGAGUGGCUUUUCUGGCAAGUACAAAUGCACGAUGACAAGGAACCGAGAGAAAGCCGCGCACGCAGUCAUGCAGCCAACUUCCAACUUUUACGUUCGCCGGAGUUCGCGCCAAGCGCACAAAUUCGAACGAAUGGUGGUUGUGAUUUUUGCACUGUGUGCGUGCCACUAUAGUGGGCGAGCUUUUCCAAAGAAAACAAACAUAUUUUUUCUUACUUGGGUGAUAUCGUGCUUGUGCAUUUUCUAAAGGCCUGUCCAACCUUCGCGUCAAAAUUACGUCGCUUUCUGCUUGAAACACCUGUCGUGAAUGAGCUCCCUCUGACAUUCUGCGACUUCCUAGGUGUACCACUCGCACAUCAAGAGCAGCACAAGGCAGGCGGAUGGAUCGCGCCAAUGUGUGUCAUGAGAAGCGUAUACGUGUUUUACAAGGAAGGACUUUGCCAGUAAUAACUGCUUGCGAGCCGUGCUUUGUACCCGUGGUGGAGCGUAUAUGCAUGUCAAGCUGAAUAGUAAAUCAUAAUGUAGUAAAAAGUGUGGUGCCAGU